AUGCCAGCGCCAGGGCUAGCACAACGCGCUACCCUAGACGCUAGGAGAUGGGAAACUCUCCUACUUCGCUCGGGACAAGGGAGACCGCAGGUGCGGACCCAUAGAAGCGAAGAGGAGGCCGCAGAUGCGGGCAAGGCCAGGAAGGGCAAGGGGCACAUGUGCGAGAAAGGAUGCGCAUCUGCGGACGAAAGGGAAAGUUUGGGCAUUUCCGCAGAAGCGGACGAAGGGCCGCAUAAGCGACUCCGCAGGUGCGAGACCUGGAGCGCAGGUGUGAGCCCAGUGUUUUUAGUGGGUUCCGCAGGUCAUGAUGAAAGUGAAUCUUCAAAAAAUAAAGGCCUUUUUCUAGUGAUUUUGGAAUGGAUUGCAAAGAGACUCCCUCAUGUAGAUAGAGUCAUAUUGAAACAUGCUUCAAAAAUUGAUAUGAUGGCUUCACCGAAAAUUCAAAAAGAUAUAGUGAGUGCUUGUGCACAAGAAAUCAUGGAAGCUAUAAUUAAUGAUUUGGGUGGAGAUUAUUUUGGGAUAUUAGUUGAUGAGUCCAAGGACAUUUCGUACCAUGAACAAAUGAUCCUUGCUUUGCGGUAUGUUGACAAAAGAGGCCAAGUGAACGAGCCAUUUAUUGGCCUCGUUUGUAUUGGUGAUACAUCUGCAAAGUCAUUGAAGGAAGCAAUAUUUUCUUUACUAAUGAAACACUCAUUACGUCCUUCCAAAAUAUGUGGACACAGCUAUUAUAGAGCUAAGGUUGCUAAAAAAUAUGAGGUGAAAACUUUCUUUUCUAUAGUUGCUAACAUGUUGAAUGUGAUUGGAGUAUCUUUUAAACAUGGAGAUCAACUUCGGAAUCAUCAAGCAGAAUUGUUGGAUCAAUUGCUAGAGAGUGGUCAAGUUCAAAGUGGGAAAGGAUUAAAUCAAGAGCGAGGGCUUCAAAGGCUAGGUGACACUCGUUGGGGAUCAUAUUGUAAAAUAUCAGAUAACUUUAUUGUUUUAUUUGCAUCUAUUGUUCAUGUGCUUAGGUUAAUUGAAUAUGAAGGUUCUGAGGAUAAUGAUAGAUUGUAA